GAGCCCGCAGCGACGACGAGUUUCCAUCGUCUUGAGGACAAAGGAAAGGAAGCCCACGUGCGGCACUGGCGUAUUUCGCUCCCCGUCAACAGUCCAUGAAAAGCUGUUUCCGGACUAAUUGCCCUGCGCCUUGAAAACUAUCUGCUCAUUUCAAUGGCCUCCUCGUACCGGGCCUCGCGGGGAAUAUGGCGACUCCACGUCUCGACGCCCCGAUCUCUUCAGGCUUCAUCCCGUUUACAGCCAUUGUACCAGGCGAGAUGGGCGAGCGAUACUGCCACUGCCGUACAUUCUAAGGAGUAUAAGACCACUUCGAAAGCUUCUAAGCCCAAAAGAUACACAGCAGAUUCUUAUCCCGAUCUCAAGCGGGAUCCGCGUUUUGCACAGCUGACCUCCGAACACAUCCAGUACUUCAAGGAUGUCCUCAAAUCCGACAGCGCGAUAAUCGACGCGUCCUCGGCCUCAGAAACUGACUUGGAAUCCUUCAACGUAGACUGGAUGAACAAGUACAGAGGCAAGUCACAGCUUGUCUUGAAGCCCUCGUCAACAGAACAAGUCUCGCAGAUUCUGAGGUACUGCAAUGAACAUAGGCUCGCCGUCGUGCCUCAAGGUGGUAAUACGGGCUUGGUUGGCGGUUCCGUCCCAGUCUUCGAUGAGAUUGUGCUCAGCACCGCAAAGAUGGACAAGAUACGGAGCUUCGACGACGUAUCCGGUAUACUUGUCGCCGAUGCGGGUGUGAUUCUUGAAGUUGCAGACAACUUCCUAAAGGAGCACAAUCACAUUUUCCCGCUCGACUUGGGCGCAAAAGGCUCAUGUCACAUUGGUGGGAAUGUGGCGACUAAUGCUGGAGGACUGCGACUGCUGCGCUACGGAAGCUUGCAUGGGAACGUGCUGGGAAUCGAGGCCGUGCUUCCGGAUGGCACCAUCGUCGACGACCUGUCAAAGCUGCGCAAGAAUAAUACAGGGUAUGAUAUUAAACAACUGUUCAUUGGAGGAGAGGGCACUAUUGGGAUUAUCACCGCGGUCAGCAUUCUCUGCCCGCAGCGCUCCUCUGCCGUAAACGUAGCAUACUUUGGCCUAGAGUCAUACGAGAAGGUGCAAGAGGCAUUCCGCAAUGCGAAGGAACAGCUGGGUGAGAUUCUGUCCGCGUUCGAGCUCAUGGACACGCACGCCCAGAAACUUCUUAAGAGAGCUAAAGGCGACGGCUUCAAGUUGCCCUUAGAGAACGAGCAUCCCUUCUACUGCUUGAUUGAGACGAGCGGCAGCAACUCGGAUCACGACAAUGAGAAACUACAGGCGUUCCUCGAGCACGUCUUGGAGAGUGGUAUCGUCAGUGAUGGUGUGGUGGCACAGGAUCAAACUCAAAUUAAUGAGUUGUGGGCGACGAGAGAGGGCGUUCCGGAGGCUUCGGCUCAUUGGGGUGGAGUUUACAAGUACGAUCUGUCCAUCCCCAUCAAGGACCUCUACAGCCUCGUGGUCGACACACGAGAGCGGCUCACCAAGGCUGGUCUAGUCGGCGAUACGGACGAGUAUCCAUGUGUGGACGUUGUGGGCUAUGGACACAUGGGCGACUCGAACUUGCACCUGAAUGUGUGCGUGAGGCGGUACGACAAGGCAGUCGAGAAGCUACUAGAACCAUUCGUAUACGAGUGGGUGGCCAAGGUCAACGGCAGCAUCAGCGCAGAGCAUGGUCUGGGCAUUCAAAAGAAGCCCUAUAUUGGAUAUUCGAGAAGCGAGACGAUGAUUAAGAUGAUGAAGGACAUCAAGCAACUGUAUGAUCCGAAUGGUAUCAUGAAUCCGUACAAGUACAUAUAAGGAGUGCUACUGGCCAAGAUCGGCGAAUAACGCGUGCUUUGGGACUCACUCCUCCUGUCCUUUGCAAAGUCAAAUUUGAAAUCAUCAGAGUCAGACCCUGGUCAAAAGAAAGGUGCUGACCAAAAAAUUAAAAAAAAAAAAAAAUAAAGAAACGAAGCCAAAAAACGGGGCUGCUGCUUCAUCACGAACGUGCUUGUCCUGUGUACCUUACGCACAUCCUCUCGUGCCAUUCCUACAACAUUGUGAAGGGUCGGCUGUAGGGGCUUCUCAAAAGCAAAACUUGACGGACCCCAAUACUGGUUGGGCCCAAGGUUUCCUUUACUGCGUUGCAAACUCAACUACACUAGAGAUAGUGACUACGGGUAUCGAAUCGUCGUCUGCAGCGUCGAAGGACCGUAUUUCAUGGACUGUAAGCCAUCAUAAGUUUGUGGCUUGGGAGGGCGUAUUCAUAAGGGCUGGAGGCGGCGGAACUUUUGCACAAGCUCUGGCAAGCGUAGUCGGUGAAGAUCUUACCGAGAAAGAAUGGUGCAAGUGCGCAGGCAUAGUUCUUAUACAAGUCGUGAGUGAUGUAAAUAUGUGUAUGUAUAAAUAUUUGUGCGUGUGUAUGUACGUAUAUGCAUACAGAUGGGAAGAGGGGGCACUAGGCUAGCCCGGGAUAAGUAAAGACUGUAAAAAAAAUCAUCUGUUGGGUAUA